UUUGCAGGACAAGGGCGAUCUGCUGCAGGGUAUCGGACGCGGUGUUUAUUUGCAGGAAGGGAAGCCUUAGUGUGCUGUGCGGUGACCACAUACCAUGCCAGGAUUCUUAUAUCUGUUAUCAUGGGUGUCUACCAUUGUACACAUAUGCCUGGGAACCCUUGCCUUAGCUGCAGCUCUCUACUACCUUGCAGAACUCGUAGAAGAAUAUACAAGCACUGUCGCCAAAGUUAUAAGAUAUUGGAUAUGGGUUACCAUCGGACUGUAUAUUUUGCUCUUCUUAUUUGAGAGUUUGCCAUCAUCUAUCAUCCUGUGUGGCCUGGUGUCCCAGCUAGUGCACCUUUCCAUCCUCAGAACAUUCCCAUUCUUCUUCCUAACAUCACUACCAUUCAUCAUUGGGAUAGGUUUGUUCUUCAUCAACCAUUACCUUGCUUUCUCCUACUUCAGCUCAUUUUACUACCCAGCAUCAGAGGUCUUGGCAUACUUUACUAUGUGUGUUUGGUUAGUGCCAUUUAUGUUCUUCAUCUCCCUGUCUGCAAACGAGAAUGUAUUACCUACACGAGCAGAGAGUAGACCCUUUCUCUCAAAUGAAGAUGACUUUGUUACUGGAUAUUUCAAUAAGAAGGGCAAGAAAUAUGGACUUCUCUCUUUCUUCAACUACCUAAAAGAAGAAUUUUUCCCACAACGUGGGAAGAAAGCAUUCUAGAAUUAAUAAAAUGUUUAAAAUUUUGUAGUUUUCUUGAGAGAGGAACUUGUACUUCAAAAAAUAAAGCUUACGUAAUUUUCA